UUUCUACAUCCGGGUCAGCGGUUCUUCCUUUCCUGUCGGCCAUUCGUCGUAUACGUAAGCGACCACCUGAACCUGUAAACAUGCAGAACGACGCUGGUGAAUUUGUGGACCUCUACGUCCCACGUAAAUGCUCUGCUAGCAACAGAAUCAUUGGAGCCAAGGAUCACGCCUCCAUCCAGCUCAACAUCGCUGAGGUUGACAAGGUGACCGGUCGCUUCAACGGUCAGUUCAAGACCUACGCCAUCUGUGGCGCCAUCCGCAGGAUGGGAGAGUCUGACGACUCCAUCCUGAGGCUCGCCAAGAACGACUCUGUGGUCGCAAAGAACUUCUGAGUGUCAAGCUGGAGCUGUGGAAAAUUUGAUAAAAUAAAAAAUGGGGGGGGGGAAAUCAACUUUUUUUUGCUGUCGUUAUUUCGCAACAAGUGAGAUGUGUCUUUAACCCAUAAGAACACAUGGUGACACCUGUGUAACAAAUACUUUAAAUCUUCUAGAAUCUCCCAUAUUCAGCUUUAUGCUUCACCUUAACUCAUUAAAUCCCUAAGCGACACAUACUCAACACCCUGGUGUUCCUAUGAGUUUGACAGGAAGUGACUUAAUAUGUGUGUGACUGUAAACAGAAAUGUAAAAAAGUAGCUAAUAUCAAAAAGCAUAUUUUUUGUUACUAGGCUAGGUUUAAACCCAAUUAACAAUUCUAAUCCGUUAAUGUCCUGUAUUGCAUUUAAAUUGUUUUGACCAUAUUUCGUAACAAAUUAAGUCACAAUUUUGAUAUACAGUAGUGUUCAAUAUAAUAGCAGUCCAAUUUGACUAACCAGGUUUUUGGUAUAUUUUUUAUUUCUACAUGGCAAACAAGGUACCAGUAGGUGCAGUAGAUUCUUAUAAAACCAACAAGACCCAGCAUUAGUGAUAUGCGCGCUCUUAAGGCUGUGCAAUUGGGCAAUUAGUUGAAAGGGGUGUGUUAAAAAACAUUACAAACACAACUAUUUUGUACAAACUUUGUACAAAGACCUCACUGAUUGAAUGCCACACUGCUAUAUUUUUUAACACACCCCUUUCAACUAAUUGCCCAAUUGCACAGCCUUAAGAGCGUGCAUAUCACGAAUGCUGUGUUUUGCUGGUUUUCUGAGAAUCUACUGCACCUACUGGUACCUUGUUUGCCAUGUAGCAAUAAAAAAAUAUACUAAAAACCUGGAUUAAUCUGAUAAGUCACAUUGGACUAUUAUCACAUUAAUAAUCUCUAGACUAUGUCAUUUUAGUUUUACAAAAUUGUGCUUUUCUUUCAACAAUAGGGACAUUUCCAAGUGACCCCAAACUUUUGUGUAGUGUAGUGUACAUUUACAGGUGCAUCUCAAUAAAUUAGAAUAUCAUAGGAAAGUUUAUUCAUGUCAGUAAUUUACAUUACAGUUACCAUUACAAGUACUUUAACGUUUGAUACUUUUAAGUUCAUUUUUUUGUGGAUUUUUGUACUUUUUCUUCAGUAAGUUUUGAAUACAGGACUUUUACUUGUAGUUGAGUAAUCUGAUCACUUCUUCCAUCACAAGUAAUAAGUGUUAACACGUUACACACCGAGUGAAAGAACUAAAGGCAGUGACAACUGACAGCCGGCCUGUGGCUCAGCUUUGGGUUUGAUGCUCGGGGACUCUAACUUGACAUUUUUUCAGUGGAAAAUAUCUUAAAUUAUCUAAAAACAAGCCUUUAUCUCUCCAGCAGUGUGUGACUGUUGACAUGUCGUCUUGUUAUAAACCAUUCUUGCACA